UGCACAACCCUAGCAAAAGAAAUAACUAAAAUAUAACUAAUUUGACGCGAAUUACACAGCGAGCGGAUAGAAAUCACGCUGUGGCAGCCGCACCACGCCGCCUCCGCAGGACACGUAACUUUUGCUGUCGGAAGGCAGGUAAAUCGGUAUCCAAUAGGAAUCGGAAUUGGAGUCGGCCGCAGAACAACAGCAAAGGCAGACGCCAUUUUGUCUAUUGGCCGGCUGAUUUGUAAGCUUUAUAUUCGCAAAAUAGUUACCGCGACUAGUUUGGAGUGCAGAGCUAACUAGGGCUCCAGCUUCCCAUUUUCCAGAGGAAAAUCAGAAAGAAAAGCGAUCCCCUUUUUUGGGCUGCAAAAGGUUUUAUAGAUUUUUGCAAACUGUGACCGCUGACCAGGAAUAUGUAAACGCAACGCAGGAGCCAAGUCUCAUUGGGAUAAAGGACAAUAAGGGGAGCCCCGAGCCAGGAGUCGUUGACCAACUGUGCCUCAAGAAAAAAAAACAGCAAAACAGCUGGGAAACUCCCAAACUGGACAAGGAUCACUCCGGAUACCUCACAACUGCCAUAAAACACCAGCCAAAAUAGCCGCCCAGUGCAGACUGCAGUAGGAUUAGCCAGGCACCUAGAGAACUAUAACUCCUGCACCUUCAGCCACUUUUGGUGCUCCGCAGGACGAAUUGGCUGGAAAGCAUCACCUGCCACUACCACCAUGACGUUCGACACGCGCAGGCAUACCACCGGGCAGCCGGGCACUGCAGCCACCACCUCGAGCAGCGGCACCACAGUAACUACCACAACGAGUCCAGCGCAGAGUGCGGGAACGGGCACAGGAUCUGGAUCAGUAACAGUAACCACUUCGAGUUUGCCAGGAGGAGGGCCAAGUAGCCUGGACGGCAAUCAGGAGCAACAACCGGCAGUCAGUAGUCAGAGUUCCGAUGACGUAGCCGCCACCUCGUCGGCGAGCAGUAUGGACAGCACCGUUACAAUAGUGCCUCCAGAGAAGCUUAUAUCCUCGUUUCCUACGACGAAACUGAGAUCACUAACCCAGAAGAUAUCCAACCCACGUUGGGUGGUGCCUGUGCUUCCUGAACAGGAGUUGGAAGUGCUUUUAAAUGCCGCCAUCGAGCUGACCCAGGCUGGCGUCGAUCACGAUUGUGAGCCAUGCGUCGAGUUUUACCGCAAUGGUCUAAGCACUUCGUUCGCUAAGAUCUUAACAGAUGAGGCAGUGAACUCUUGGAAGUACAACAUCCACCACUGCAUUUUGGUGUCUUGCGGCAAGCUUCUGCACUUGAUCGCCAUACACAUGCAGCGCGACAAUCCCUACCUGCUGGACUUGCUGGCCAUCGUUUUCGAUCCGGAGAACAAGUUCAACACAUUCAACGCGGCCCGCCAGCCGGAGUGCUUUGCCACCCCGGACUGCAUUUGGGGUCAGUUGGACAGCAACAAGAUGUACGCCCGACCGCCGGCGGAGCCCAAAAAUGCCCGCGGUUGGCUUGUGGAUCUCAUCAACCGCUUCGGUCAGCUAGGAGGCUUUGAUAAUCUGCUGGAGCGGUUCAACAGUGGACUGGAGCUUUUAAAGCGCAACCAAAACAAAGGCACCGCCAAAAGUGUUGUCGGCGACGGUAUCAGCGAAGGUAGCGGUCACGAUAAUCGUCUCACCCUGGCCCUUAUUCACAGCCUAUUGCGCCCCUUCGGCCAAUGCUAUGAGCUUCUGACGCCCGCCACCAUAGCCAAGUACUUUAUGCCCACCUGGAACGUGGUUUUGGACCUUUUGGAUAGCUUCACAGACGAGGAGCUAAAGCGUGAGGUGAAACCCGAGGGACGUAAUGACUACAUCAACGGAAUUGUAAAGUCAGCUCGCUUUCUGGCUAGUCGAUUGACUGGCCAAGAAGAUUUGAUCCGCGACUUGGAGAUGUUUCGCCUAAAGAUGAUCCUGCGUCUGCUGCAGGUUUCCAGCUUCAAUGGCAAAAUGAACGCUCUUAACGAGAUCAACAAAGUGCUCUCCUCGGUGGCCUAUUACUCGCAUCGAUCCCAGCCGCUGCCUCACUGUAUGCCCGAAGACGAGAUGGACUGGCUGACGGCGGAGCGAAUGGCACAAUGGAUUAAGUCGUCCGACGUUUUGGGUAUCGUGCUCAAAGACUCGCUGCACCAACCGCAGUAUGUGGAAAAACUGGAGAAGAUCAUCCGCUUUCUUAUUAAGGAGCAAGCACUGACGCUAGACGAUUUGGAUGCUGUUUGGAGAGCGCAGGCCGGCAAGCACGAGGCAAUAGUGAAAAACGUACAUGAUCUACUAGCUAAACUAGCUUGGGAUUUUACUCCCGAACAGCUGGACCACCUCUUCGAGGCGUUCCAAGCUAGCAUGACCACGGCUAACAAGAGGCAGCGGGAAAGGCUUUUAGAGCUGAUCCGAAGGUUGGCUGAGGAUGAUAAGAAUGGUGUGAUGGCCCAAAAGGUGCUUAAACUUUUCUGGACUCUGGCCCACAGUCAGGAGGUGCCGCCAGAAGUGCUCGAUCAGGCGCUAAGUGCACAUGUUAAAAUUUUGGACUACAGCUGCUCGCAGGAACGGGACGCGCAAAAGACCAUUUGGCUGGACAAGUGCGUCGGCGAACUAAAAUCGGGAGAUGGAUGGGUGCUGCCCGCCUUGCGUCUAAUCCGAGAUAUUUGUUGCCUAUAUGAUACCACGCCGAACCAUGCUCCUCGUACUCAAACGGCCACGAAUCGUCAGCAGGUGAUCGAGCGUCUGCAGAAUGACUAUUCCUUGGUCAUUCUUGUAACCAAUAGCUUGACUGCUUACAUGGAAAGGGUGCGUCAAGUGAUGACCGAUCCACUGGAAUCAAGAACCGUUCUACUCGAUGGAAGGUUUCCACACCAUGCGCAAAUAUCGGAGCGGCUGGAGUUCCUCAAAUUUCUGCUGAAAGACGGACAAUUAUGGCUGUGCGCAGAUCAGGCAAAGCAAAUAUGGCACUGCUUGGCGGUAACCGCCGUCUUUCCGGCGGACCGUGAGGAGUGCUUCCGGUGGUUCGGAAAAUUGAUGGGCGAGGAGCCUGAUUUGGACCCCGGCAUCAACAAAGACUUCUUCGAGAACAACAUUUUGCAACUCGAUCCGCAUCUGCUGACCGAGAGCGGUAUUAAGUGUUUCGAACGCUUUUUUAAGGCGGUCAACUCCAAGGAGGAUAAGCUGAAGGCGAUACACAGAGGUUACAUUCUGGACAACGAAGAUCUUAUAGGGAAGGACUACUUGUGGCGGGUAAUCACAACCGGGGGGGAAGAAAUAGCCAGCAAGGCCAUUGAUCUGCUCAAGGAAGUGUCCACCGCACUGGGACCUCGGCUUCAGGAAAACAUCGCCGAAUUUCACGAAAUGUUCAUCGGCGAGUGCUGCUCCCGGUUACGCACCCACUAUGGCAACAUCGUUAUCCUGGGCAAGACGCAGCUGCAGGAGGAGUUGGAUGCACCCGAUCAGUCGGACAAUGCCAACGACGAGUCAAAGGACUCAAAAAUGCGUUUCCUUGAGGCGGAAAAGAUGUGCCGCAUUCUAAAGGUGUUGCAGGAAUACGUAAAAGAGUGUGACCGGUCCUUCAGUGGCGAUCGGAUCCAUCUGCCACUUAGUCGGGUUACUCGGGGAAAGAAUACCAGCCUGUAUAUCAGGUUCCAAAACCCUGGCAGACCCAUCGAUGACCUUGAGAUUGUUACACACAGCAAUGAGACGAUGGCUGCUUUCAAGCGGAGUCUACUGAAAAGAAUCAAGGGCACUUCGACGACCAACAUUAAGGUUGAUCUCUUUUACACUAAUGGCGAGAUGAUCGAGGUCUCCGACGAGAUAAACCCACUCUAUCAGUACGCAAUCCGCGACAAGAUGAUCCUAACAGCGAAGCUUACGCCCGUGGGCACUGGCCUAGCCAGCAGUCCCGAUUCCUCUAGCGACUCGAGCACCGGUUCUCCCCCACGUCCCUGCCCCGAUAUGCAGCGCGUAGAGUCAGAAAGCACACUACCCGGCGUGAUAAUUUCACAGAAUUACCAAUACACCGAGUUCUUUCUGAAGCUUUACCAACUUGGCAGUGACUUGGAGCAUGGUCGCCUUCGGGACAGUGCAAAAGUACUGCUGCACUUGCUUCCAUGCGACCGUCAGACGAUUCGCCAGCUGCAGAUAAUGUGCAAGGUACCUAAGACAGCUGUUACAUUGGUUGUGACGGGCGAGAAGACCGUUAAGGAGGAGGAGGAGACACCUAACACCGUUGACCAAUCGGCGGCUGAAACUGAAGAGGAGAUCUGUACACCCGAGCAGAUGUUCUUGCACCCGACACCCGCCCAAGUGCUGUAUAAUCUUAGUGUGCUGCACGGACUACUGAUUCCCGCACUGGAUCCUCUAGGCGAAGGAGCCUUGAUGGUGCAGUCUGCUUGGAUGCAUUCGGGCUGCGCCCAUUUCGUCCUGGAAUUGUUGACCAAAAACAACUUCCUACCCAGCGCCGAUAUGCACACGAAACGUGCCUCCUUUCAAUGUGUGCUGAGGCUGGCCAAGUUGUUCCUUUACAUCGUGGGAAGUGUGUUGUCUCGUGUGGGCGAUGAGCCUAUAAUAUGUGAUCUCGACAACGGAUCUCGUUCCCAGGUAGACAUUCUGAAACAAAACUUUUCGACGAUGCCGAACAGUUCGCAGGGCACAUUGAGAGCGAUAUCCGCGAAGUUGGCCGUGAUGCUUGCUCGCGAAAUGCUAUCAGCUAGUCAGGAGGGUGACCGUUGCCGCACACUUUUUAGCUCCACAUUACAAUGGUCUUGUCCGGAUAUUUCUACCAUCAAGGCGGUGGUGCAGUUGGCCUGGGCCUCUUCUUGUGGCAAUCUUCAGGCUUUGGGUAACAGUAGCGGCGACUUUGAGGACGAAGUGAUCGUUCCGGACGGACAGGACUUCAGCAUGUGCAAGGAGGCUCUAGAAGUGCUCACCAUCUCGUUUAUCUUGAAUCCCAGUGCCAAUGAAGCGUUGACCACCGAUGCCAACUGGCCAAAGUUCAUUACCUCUAUUGUUCUGAAAAACCCGCUUCGGCAUGUGCGGCAGGUGGCAUCAGAGCAGCUAUUCCUGGCAUCAACCUACUGCGCCGGUGAUCGGCGGCCAUUCGUCUACAUGGUGAACUUGCUGGUGGGCGCGCUGAAAACGCUGGUUCCCCAGUACGAGGCGACCUGCGCUGAGUUCUUUUCUGUGCUUUGCCGGACCUUGUCAUAUGGAUGCAUCUACAACUGGCCUCUGCAGAUUAGCGAGGGAUUGUUGGGCGACGAAAUCAGAUGGCUGCAACGCAUACGGGAAAAUGUGUGCACUACCGGCGACACGCAGGUACACGAGGAGCUCCUCGAGGGUCACCUCUGCUUGGCGAAGGAGCUUAUGUUUUUCCUCGCCGCUGACUCCAAAGCUCAGCUAAACGAGCUCAUUCACGAGCUGAUCGACGACUUUCUCUUCACGGCUUCUCGGGAAUUCUUGCAUUUACGGCGGAACGGCAGUCUUCGACAGGACACCGUCCCGCCACCAGUCUGCCGCAGUCCACACACUAUCGCAGCCGCCUGCGAUCUUCUCAUUGCCUUGUGCCAGCUCUGUGUUCCUAAUAUGAAGCUACUGACAAAUACACUUAUAGAUUUCGUGUGCACCGACACUGAUCCGUUGCGCGAAUGGGAUUACCUGCCGCCUGUUGGCGCUAGGCCAACAAAAGGUUUCUGCGGAUUGAAGAACGCCGGUGCCACUUGCUACAUGAACUCGGUGCUGCAGCAGCUUUACAUGGUGCCCGCAGUGCGAGUGGGUAUUCUUCGAGCCCAUGGGGCGGCUACCCUCGACGGGGAAGAUUUCAGUGGCGACUCCGAUUUGACGGGCGGAGGUCUUGGACAGGCCCUCUUCUCGGGACCCGCCUCUGCCCUAGUCAGCUUCUCAACGUCGGGAGGUGCUGAGGAUGGAUCACAGGAUGUGCGAAAGAACUAUCAUGUGGUGAUUCUGAAGCACGUACAGGCCAUAUUCGCCCACCUGGGCCACAGCGCUCUGCAGUUCUACGUGCCCCGCGGUCUCUGGACGCAUUUUAAACUGCAAGGUGAGCCUGUUAAUCUCCGUGAGCAACAGGAUGCUGUAGAGUUUUUCAUGUCCUUGUUCGAAAGCCUCGAUGAAGGACUGAAGGCGCUUGGCCAUCCACAGCUUAUGAAUGCCACACUGGGCGGCUCUUUCAGUGACCAGAAGAUCUGCCAAGAGUGCCCCCAUCGCUACUCCAAAGAGGAACCAUUUAGUGUAUUUAGUGUCGAUAUUAGGAAUCAUAGCUCAUUAACCGAAUCUCUGGAGCAGUAUGUCAAGGGGGAGCUGCUCGAGGGAGCCGAUGCAUACCAUUGUGAUAAAUGUGAUAAAAAAGUAGUUACCGUUAAGCGGCUAUGCGUGAAGAAGCUGCCACCCGUGUUAGCCAUACAACUAAAGCGCUUCGAAUACGACUACGAGCGCGUCUGUGCGAUUAAAUUUAAUGAUUAUUUUGAAUUUCCGCGUAUCCUGGAUAUGGAGCCCUACACAGUGUCUGGCCUAGCUAAGCUGGAGGGCGAGGUGGUGGAGGUUGGUGAUAAUUGUCAAACAAUCGUAGAGACAACAAAGUACGAACUGACAGGCAUUGUGGUGCACAGUGGGCAGGCCUCCGGCGGCCACUACUUCAGCUACAUACUCUCCAAAAACCCAGGAAACGGCAAGUGCCAGUGGUACAAGUUUGACGACGGCGAGGUAACAGAGUGCAAAAUGCAUGAGGAUGAGGAGAUGAAGGCACAGUGUUUCGGCGGCGACUACAUGGGGGAAAUCUACGACAACAACCUUAAACGUAUGCAGUAUCGCCGCCAGAAGCGCUGGUGGAACGCCUACAUGUUGUUCUACACCCGUUGCGAUCAGACUCCCGUACAAUACGAACCCAGUGUGGAGCAGUUGUCGCUCACUGAGAGCCGCAACAUGGUUCUGCCCCUGCCAAAGCCAAUCGAGCGCAGCGUGCGGCACCAAAAUAUUCGGUUUCUUCACUCCCGUAGCAUUUUCUCCGUGGAGUUUUUUAAUUUUAUCAAAAAACUGGUCAGCUGCAAUAUACCCUCUGCGCGGAGUGAUAAGAUCACUCCCGCCGCCGAGGAGCUUUCGCUGCUGGGCGUACAAUUGGCAUCGCAGUUCCUAUUCCAUACCGGAUUCCGCACGAAAAAGUCACUGCGCGGCCCUGUUAUCGAAUGGUAUGACGCGCUCUCUCAUCAUAUACGUUCCUCGGUACUAGUUCGCAAGUGGUUUGCCAAUCAUGCGCUUCUAUCGCCACCGUCGCGUUUGGGCGAGUACAUCCUGAUGGCUCCUUCGCCAGAGGUCCGUACCGUAUUUGUAAAGUUGGUGGUUUUCUUCUGUCACUUUGCUAUCAACGAUGAACCACUGACUGGCUACGACGGUGCCAACCUCUGUGAGCAGGUGCUCAUCAGCGUACUGCGACUCCUGAAAUCUGAGGCAGCCGACUAUGGCAAACACCUGCCUCACUACUUUAGCCUAUUCAGUAUGUACGUUGGACUGGGAACACGGGAAAAGCAACAGUUGCUGAGGCUCAAUGUGCCGCUGCAGUUCAUUCAAGUAGCUUUGGACGAUGGCCCCGGUCCGGCAAUAAAGUAUCAGUAUCCUGAGUUCAGCAAGCUUCACCAAGUAGUUUCACACCUUAUACGCUGCAGUGAUGUGAGCGAAAAGUGUCAGAGCUCUAACCAGAACGCCCGUCCACUACCCAAUCCGUUCAAGGACGCCACUGUGACGCACGAGGAUCUGACACCACUGUCCACUGAAUGUAUGGACUUGCUCUUUAACCGCACGGGCUAUAUAAAGAAAGUGAUUGAGGACACAAACGUGGGUGACGAAGGCCUUAAGCUGCUGCAAUACUGUAGCUGGGAGAAUCCACACUUCUCACGAGCCGUUCUCACCGAACUGCUGUGGCAGUGUGGAUUCGCCUAUUGCCAUGACAUGAGGCACCAUACAGACCUGCUGCUGAACAUCUUGCUGAUCGACGACUCAUGGCAGCAUCAUCGCAUACACAAUGCCCUCAACGGUGUGGCGGAGGAGCGUGAGGGCCUGCUUGAGACGAUACAGCGGGCGAAGACGCACUACCAGAAAAGGGCGUACCAGAUAAUCAAGUGCCUGACGCAGUUGUUCCACAAGUCUCCAAUUGCGCUGCAAAUGCUGAACACAAAUCCGACCAUCAGCCGACACUGGAGCAUUGCAGUCGAGUGGUUGCAAGACGAGCUAGAACGGCAGCGCGGAAUCGGCUGCCAAUAUAACUCGUACUCAUGGUCGCCCCCAGCUCAGAGCAACGAUAACACUAACGGCUACAUGCUGGAGCGGUCCCAGUCCGCCAAAAACACAUGGACUAUGGCUUAUGAGCUAUGUCCGGAUGAGGUCAGCGAGAAAACGGAACAGGAUGAGAACAACGAGUCUGACUUGGAGUCGAAUCUGGACGAGAACAAGACGGAACAGUUGAUUCGCCCGGAAACUGCCCACGAGGGCAAUGCCGAAGGCGCGGAGCAGAUUUCGGAUAGUAAGACGCCCACAACAAGUAGUCCAUCGACCAGCGCCUGGCCAGUACGCGUUGAUAGCAAUGCCAUUCCUCGGCUAUCUCGACAGCUCUUCGGGGCUUACACGUCAACAACUAGCGGGAUCACCGCCCCGAUAUCCUCCACGACGACAACGGCGGGUAGUGGAGCUAACAGCGAGACAGAAAGCAGUGCCCAGGAAACCACCGGAGAGACGACCAUUAACGGUUUAACAAACAGCCUGGAUCAAAUGGAGAUAACGGCCAAAAAGAAGUGCCGCAGGGUGAUAAUAAGAAAGCUAGUGGAAAGUAAUGACGAGGAGGACGCGACGACUACGACCACGGAGGUUACAACGACUCCAGCAACAGGCACUUCAACGCCAGAAAUUUUAACACCUGCCACAACAGCAGUCACAACAACGGGAACAGGACUAGGAUCCGUUAACACGACGAGUGAGCUCCCGACGAGGAUAGAGAAAAACUUAAUUUAAAAACAACAGAAAACCACAAUCGAAAGUUCUUGCAAUAAAAUGUUAUCGCAACCUAGCGAGGUGGGCAUAGCGUUAAGUGAACCAAAAUCAGUCUGACAAUGAAAACGGUGUGGACAGGUGUUUAAUUAGUGGGAUUCCCGCCGUCAAAACCGAGACUUAAUGGGUUAAUAUCCGAAGUAGAGCAAAAUCCGUAGAUAUUAACAAAUGGUGGAGUGAUGCGAGUCAACGGUCGACAGUCUAUAUGCGAGAUUAAUAGGAGGAAAUGAACCAGCAGAGGUGUUUAGUAGAUAUCGAACUUUAUAAUUACCUUAACAAAUACACAUAUACAUACAUCCUUUUCUUCUUUUUGCGAUUCAUUGGAAGGGAUACAUUUAUUUUGCCUAUUGUAUAUGUAUUCCUUGUAACGAAUUAAAAAAAUUAAACGAAAUAGGACAUCUUAAACAAACACCCACACUUACUAAACAACAAAAGAACGCAAACAAAGAAACACACUCAUAAUUAAUAAGAAGCGUUAAGUUGCACGUUUACAGUACCAUAUAAUUGUAUUUAUAUAGUAUAUAAAUGAUGUAUUACGUAUUGAAGUCGAGCAAAUUAACUAAUACUAACCGAAUAAAAAAAUCAAAAACGAAGGAAACAUAUAGAUACGAUACUAGGGAAACUAAUCUAAACGAAUCGGCGGAAUCUAAGAAUUAAGGAAAGAAACCAAAUUGCAUCUUCAGUACUCAGUACUCGCCUCUGAAACUGUUUCCAUAAUCAUAUUUCAACUGCAAAAACCAAUUUAAUGGUAUGCUAAAUCAAAACAAAACAGUAUGAACUCAAGAACAGAAUGGACUAAAGCAACACGAGCAUAAAAUUGAUUAUGGUUAUACUAAGUAUAUAUACUUUAAAUGAUUAGUGUUUUGUAUUAAGUGAAAUUUGUUAAACAUUUAUUAAAUUAUUAUGUUUUAAGUUGCGAAAUAAAUGCGAAAUGUAAGCAAA